AAUUAAUAUAAAUUGAGUGAGAAUAGAGUUCCGCAUUGUUGAUUGCUUUUCUAUUCCAGAUUCUCUUGAUUUGAGAUUCCGCUCAGCUCAUUCGCUUAAGGUGAAUAUAUUCCCAUUAUCUUCAUAGGUCUAACAGUAUGGUAUACAUGUAGCGUUCGGUAUAAUGAUUUCCAAGUUCUUAUUGUGAUGAAUACUACGGUACCUAUCUUGAUAUGUAAUCCUAUAAGAAUCUUCGGCGGCUGCCGAGAGCGGAAUGCCAAGCUGCAACAAGACCGGCUCAAAUCCCCCGAACAAACGCAACCCGCGCCCCUCAUUAGUACCCGGGCAGACAUUGAUAUUCCCAGUGUUGAUUAUUAUACUCAACUUCCAUGAAAUAUAUGAAACGGAGCGAAUAAUUCCAGAUAUAAAUCUUUCGCAAUGUCGUUCCCCAAGGUCCCUCCAAGUGGUAUUUGGGCCCCCGCCGUCACCUUCUUUGACCCCAAGACAGACACUCUAGACACCGAAUCCCAAGCAACUUACUACUCCUAUCUGUCCAAAACCGGUCUUGCUGGACUUGUCAUCCUCGGAACAAAUGCCGAAACCUUCCUGCUUACCCGCGAGGAGCGCAGAACGCUGCUGCAAACAGCCCGCAAAGCAGUCGGACCAGAUUUCCCCAUCAUGGCGGGCUGCGGUGGCCAUUCCACGCGGCAGGUCCUCGAAUUCAUCACCGACGCCGCAGAGGCCGGCGCAAACUAUACGCUAGUUCUCCCGCCCGCCUACUUCGGCAAGGCGACUACUCCCGCCGUCAUAGACAACUUCUACGCCGACGUGGCGACCCAGAGCCCGCUUCCGGUGAUCUUGUACAACUUCCCCGGCGUCUGCAACGGCGUCGACCUGGACUCGGCGACGAUAACGAAGCUGGCGAACCAGCACAGCAACAUCGUAGGCGUAAAACUGACCUGCGGCUCCGUGGCCAAGAUCACGCGCCUCGCUGCCGAGCUACCCGCGGCGCGCUUCGCGACUUUCGGAGGCCAGUCGGACUUCCUGAUCGGCGGCCUCAGCGUCGGCUCCGCGGGCUGCAUCGCCGCGUUCGGCAACGUCUUCCCAAAGGCCAUCGUGAAGAUCUACACGCUGUACAAGGAGGGGAAGUACCAGGAAGCGCUCGCUCUGCACCAAAAGGCCGCGCUGGCCGAGCAGCCUUGCAAAGCGGGCAUUGCGUCGACCAAGUACGCGGCUGCGAUUCAUACGGCGAAGGCAGCGGGCAUUGAGGGCGCGGUGGAGAAGUUGAAACCGAGGCGCCCGUAUUUGGAGCCUGCGGAUGCGGUGAAGCGGAGUAUUGAGGCUCAGAUGGCGGAGUUGGCGGAGAUCGAGAAGAGUCUGUAGUCUAUAGGUCCUUGGAAGAAGGAACUGUUGAUACGAUUCAAGCACUGUACAUAGCAGUUUGAAAGCACGCAUGAGUAAAU